AUGUUUUUGAACGUAAAAUCCACUUUUAUUGCUUUAUUCCUAAUCUCUUUAUCGUAUACUCUUCUUUAUGGAGUAAAUGCCAUCGCUGUACCCAAAGUUGAAGGGCUUAUAAAGCGUGAAAACAAAAGAGAUCUUUGUAAAGGAUUCAAAAUUUCAUUACCACAGUCUUUUAAAAAUAAUAGUGAAAUUAAGUGUGAAUGGUCAACUGAAUCUAGUGCUAUUUAUUAUAUCUGGGAUUUAGAACUUUUUAAGGCUGAUGAUGGGAAACAAUUAGCUAUUUUAUGGAAUGAUGGUUUUCAAAUGAAGAACUAUCAUGCAAGCGCGGACAUUACAAUAUAUUCACCCUCGGAUAUAGAGCUCCCUGCUACUUUCUUUGCUAGGAGUUGGGCGAAUACGACUUCUUGGUCUACCUGUUUUGGUGUAAGGCAC